AAACACACUAAGCAUGCACGCUCUUUUCACCCAGAAUGGAUAAAGGAAACACAGCAAGAUGGCUUUUGAGGUGGUAGGCACACUGUAUAAAGCCAGUUGGAAAAGAUGACUGUCCGACUGUGCACUACCAUCUGAGGAGAUGGAGGAAGUGAUUUUGUACUGGUUACUUUUGCAAUUUUUCUUCAAAAAUUGUCAACUUGAAAUCACAACUAUUUUUUUUUUUGUCUUAAUACAUUUCAUGUUAUAUAAGAGCAGAGACACUGUUAUUUUUCUAGUGACCUAACUUUGUAUUUGUGGAGUGGAUCUUCCUUUAGUAUUAGAGUCCAGACAUUCCUAUCCUGCCUCUUCCCCAUGGGGACUGUCCAUGUUCCCCCUCCAUCACACUCACUGGCUCCCUGUCUAUAUGGCCCUCCCCACAUCUCACUCACCAUCUUUUCUCAUCUGUCUCCUAGAGCAGCCCAAGGUGGCCGUCUCCCUGUCCAGGAGGGAGACCCUCAACCACCACAACAUGCUGGUCUGCUCGGUGACAGAUUUCUACCCAGCCCAGAUCAAAGUGCACUGGUUCCGGAAUGACCAGGAGGAGACGGUGGGGGUCGUGUCCACACAGCUUAUUCAGAACGGGGACUGGACCUUCCAGAUCCUGGUCAUGCUGGAGAUGACCCCUCAGCGGGGGGACGUCUACACCUGCCAUGUGGAGCACCCCAGCCUGCAGAGCCCUGUCACCGUGGAGUGGCGGGUGCAGUCCGAGUCUGCCCAGAGCAAGAUGCUGAGCGGCGUCGGGGGCCUCGUGCUGGGGCUGAUCUUCCUGGGGCUGGGCCUUUUUGUCCGUCACAGGAGUCAGAAAGGACCUCAAGGGCCUCCUCCUGCAGGGCUCCUCCAGUGAUUCAUGGUGUUUUGAUUGAGCUGACUACCACAUUAUAAGACCAACAGCCUGCCUGUCCCUCCCUGCCCUCAGUUCCCGUCUGUGCCAGCCUGCCUGUCCCUCUCUGGUUCAGAGUCUAACAUGGUGCCAGUGUGCCCACCUGCUCAGCUCUUGUGAUUCUCAAUUCCUCAGGGCUCUGUCUUUGGCUCCUGGACUGAUUUUAGAGACUGUCUGUGUACUGCAGCCUGAUCUGCUCAAACUCCAGGCCUUCUGUUUCCGCUGUCCCACAUGGACUGCUGAAGAGAUGCACUGAAAACAUUUGGCUCUUUCAUAAUUAAAUGUGAUUCUGAAUAAUGUG